UAAGAACAUGUUGUGUGUUAUUAAGUAGUUUAUCCAAUUCGCGGUGUCCAACAGCUGGCGAUAGCAGACAACUGAGAUAGCCUACUGCAUCGUGUAUAGCGUGGCCUGGCUUGUACUCGGAACAAGAUCCAACCUUUCAAAUACCAGAACGUGGAAAUGUUUUCUACAUGUUUUACUCGCCGUUCAAGAACACAAAUAUUGUGUGUGUUUAUUUUGUCUGUGACAGGACUUCUCGUCUACUCACUUUCAAAGAUAAAAUCAGGAGCUAGUACACUCUACCAGCAGUUGGGCGCUUUGCACAGGGAAGUGAUAUCACAGCAUGGAGACGAGUUUGAUUCCAGUCACCCUAAACGUUUGUUAUUCCUGUUCACAUCUUGGACGAACAAGAAAGACAAAUCGCUGGUUUACCAGAAGACGAUGGACACCUGGAGAACGUUGAUGCCCGUCGUCCAGCCAGGGCUGUUUUCAAACGAGACGCUCAUUGUCAGUAAAGCUAAGGAAUCUGGGUGGAGGGUGCACAGCGCCAGUGAGACGACGUGUGGCGGGAUCCCGACCCUGAGGAGCAUGUUUCUAGACGCUGCUAGGAUGUACGCCGACUCGUAUCUCCUGCAAGGCUUUUCCAAUGCUGAUAUCAUCUAUGAUAAAAGUCUGCUGGAAACAAUAGGACAGAUUGUCCGUCAAGUUGGACACACGAUUCAGACGAAGCCCGUGCUUAUCGUUGGCAAGAGACUGAACAUGGACGCGCUCAAAUGUCUGUCUGCCAAUGCGUCCGACCUGUCCGACUUGCUGUCUGCAGGGAAAUACCCGCCGGAGGGGUCGUCAGAUUUCUUCAUCACCAAUUCUAAAUUCCCCUGGAAAGACGUCCCUGCUCUCGUUGUUGGGAGAAUCGGCUUUGGCAUGUGGAUUGUAGCAUUUGCACGUGCACGCGGUGUGACCUUGAUUGAUGUGACACGGACAAUCCGUGCUGUUCACAUGACGACGCGCGCCGGCAACAUGGAGUCAUCGCGAAAUCCUAACGCAAUGUGUAACCACCAGCUGUUGAACAGGCUGAGACUGGCGCCCAGGAGCUACGUCUGUGGCUGGACGGACUGCGCAGAAUACUACAGCCUGUACACCGCCACGGGAGUCCGGAUACAGCAUAGGAAGAUUCCACACUCUUGUCACACGUGUGACUCGUCGGUAAGACGUCCCAGUAAGAAACAGCCACGCAGAGGGGACAAGAAAGAAACCACAUAAUAUACAUGUUCUCGUAGAAGAAAGGUGGUAUGCAGCAUGACAAGUUGUGUUGCUAGCGGAGUUUCUGCGCUUUGAUGUCAUGUGAAAUGUACCUGUGAUUUUGAACCUCAGCGGAUAUGAAACGUGACUG